CUUGGAGAAGCCCUUAAAGCUGGUGCUUAAAGUGGGAGGGAGCGAAGUGACCGAGCUCUCCGGGUCAGGGCACGAUUCCAGCUACUACGAUGACAGGUCGGAUCACGAGCGAGAGCGGCACAAAGAGAAGAAGAAGAAAAAGAAAAAAAAGUCGGAAAAGGAAAAGGAAAAGCAUCUUGAUGAUGAGGAAAGAAGAAAGAGAAAGGAAGAGAAAAAGAGGAAACGGGAAAAAGAACAGUGUGACACUGAAGGGGAGACUGACGACUUUGAUCCUGGAAAAAAAGUGGAGGUUGAACCUCCUCCAGAUCGCCCUAUCCGAGCAUGCAGAACUCAGCCAGCUGAAAAUGAAAGCACGCCCAUCCAGCAGCUACUGGAACACUUCCUUCGCCAGCUUCAAAGACCCUCAUGGAUUUUUUGCUUUUCCAGUCACGGAUGCCAUUGCUCCUGGAUAUUCCAUGAUCAUUAAACACCCUAUGGAUUUUGGUACUAUGAAGGAAAAAAUUACAGCAAAUGAAUACAAAUCAGUCACUGAAUUCAAGGCAGAUUUUAAACUAAUGUGUGAUAAUGCAAUGACAUACAACAGACCAGAUACUGUUUACUACAAGCUAGCCAAGAAGAUACUGCACACAGGCUUUAAGAUGAUGAGCAAACAGGCAGCUCUUUUGGGUGAUGAAGACACAGCAGUUGAGGAACCUGUUCCUGAAGUUGUUCCUGUACAAGCAGAGACUACCAAGAAAUCCAAAAAGCAAAAUAAAGAAGUUAUUAGUUGCAUCUUUGAACCUGAGGGAAAUGCAUGCAGCCUGACAGAUAGCACUGCUGAAGAACAUGUCCUGGCACUAGUGGAGCAUGCAGCAGAUGAAGCUCGGGAUAGGAUCAAUCGAUAUCUACCCAACAGCAAGAUUGGUUAUCUGAAAAAGAAUGGAGAUGGAACUCUAUUAUUCAGUGUAGUCAACUCAUCUGAUCCAGAAGCAGAGGAGGAAGAAACUCACCCCGUUGAUCUCAGUUCACUGUCAAGCAAAUUAUUACCUGGCUUCACUACACUGGGCUUUAAAGAUGAACGAAGAAACAAAGUAACCUUUCUUACAAGUGCAAGCACAGCACUUUCCAUGCAAAACAACUCUAUAUUUCAUGAUCUGAAAUCAGAUGAAAUGGAACUGCUGUAUUCAGCAUACGGUGAUGAAACUGGGAUACAAUGUGCCUUAAGCUUACAAGAAUUUGUGAAGGAUGCUGGAAAUUACAGCAAGAAAAUAGUGGAUGAUCUUCUGGACCAGAUCACUAGUGGAGAUCAUUCCAAAACUAUUUAUCAGCUAAAGCAGAGGCGAAACAUACCAGUAAAACCACUGGAUGAAGUUAAAGUUCUGCCAGUUCUAAUAAAAGAGGAACACAAGUUGCGGAAUGCCUGUCCAGACUCUUCCAAACAGAUAAUGGUUGGUGAGUCUUCGGGAGACAAUAAUCCUUCUGACUUGGACUUUCUCUCUAUGAAACCAUACUCAGAUGUUUCUCUUGAUAUAUCCAUGUUAAGUUCAUUAGGAAAAGUGAAAAAGGAGCUUGAUCAUGAUGAUAGCCAUCUACAUUUGGAUGAAACAACCAAGCUACUGCAAGACCUCCAUGAGGCUCAAGCUGAGAGAGUGGGAUCCCGGCCAUCAUCCAACCUGAGUUCCCUCUCCAAUACUUCAGAGAGAGACCAGCAUCAUCUUGGAAGCCCUUCUCAUCUGAGCGUUGGAGAGCAACAAGACAUGGUUCAUGAUCCCUAUGAAUUUCUUCAGUCUCCAGAAACCUCAAAUGCUAAUACUAACUAAUCUGACAUGUAAUAUAGAUAUUUUGUAUUUUAAGUGUAUAACGUUUUUAUAAAGUUUUUGUCCAUGGCAAAAACCUCAAUCUUGUCCUCUUUUGUUUGAGGAUUGCUGUUUAAUAUCAUACACAUUGGAUUAAAAAAACAAAAAAUGCCUAAUAUAUCAUGUUGUUAGCAAUGUA